AUGUUUCGCUGGUACCGCAACGCUACUCGAUGCUACGUCUAUUUAUCAGAUGUCCCCAGCCCUCCGUCCGGCACCAGUGAUGAGUUCAAUCCACAGUCGUGGGACUCGGAUUUUGGAAAAGCAAAUGGUUCACUCGGGGUUGGACGCUCCAAGAACUUCUUGCCCCCCAUUCGAUCGAGAUCUUCUCUUGCCAGUAUUCCUACCUCGGCGCUUCAAGGAGCGCCUCUGUCUCGGUUCAGUGUGGAUGAGCGAUUUUUCUGGAUAGGAUGCGGCGAGACAAAGCUCGAAGAAGAUAAAGUAUAUUCAUUACUCGGCAUUCUCGACGUUAAAAUGUCUCUAUUCUACGGCGAGGGAGGGCCGGGUGCCUUUAAACGGGUCCGGGAGAUAAUCGACAAGCGGGAAAAAUGCAUCCAAGACUUACGCCUCACCGAUCCCCGUGAUGAUAAGAGGCGUAUUGUAGAGACUAAGGGUGGCUUACUGAAAGACUCGUACUACUGGAUCCUCGAAACUCCGAGUUCCAACAAUGGCGCAACACCGGGGAGAGCUCACUACUGUGGAUCAGGGGCGACCCCGAUCGACAAUCGAGACGGCACCUCUGUCAUACUUCUUCUGCCAGGCUACCGAUUCGCGAUUAACAACGCCACUGCCGUUCUACGAGGUCUUAUACGAAUGCUUGUUGGUCAGCAGCCAUCGCUCGUCUCGCGUAUCCAGAAGAAAUACGAUCACGCCGGCAAAGCUCUCUUCGAGGAUGCGAAUGCCUGGGCUGCUUUAUCCGAGAUCUUCGCAAACAUUCUGCAAGAUCCGAGCAUGGACACAACUACUUAA